CCAAUAUACCUAUGUAUUUACAUAUAUAUUCUUAUAUACGUACAUACAUAUAUGGAUAAUAUAAAUCCGAGAGAAACUGUGAAAUGGAGAACUUUGUCGCAAACGUUUAAGUGUUGUCGAAACCGCUUCAGCCUGCGGACCAUAGAUUUUCCAUGACGAAAUGUAUGACAAUUAUUUUUUAAAAGCUAGUAACUUUACAUACUUGCGCUCACGCGCUUGCGCAAAGGUAAUUUCUUGUCCAUUGGCUUACUGGGCAAGAUCGCACCUGGUACGACAAAAAACCGACUACCCACAAAAUGUCAAAAUUCAGGCGUAGCUUUCGUUAACGUACAAAUGUAUGUAUGUACGCGGGUAUGUAAAUGAGCUUAAUGUAUAAAACUGGUUUAAAGAUGCAUUUUACGUUUAAAGCAAAAAGCACAGAGAUAUUUAUAUGAGGGGAUUAGAGUUAACACUAAACGCGUAGGUUCUUAAAACUUGGCAAUAAUAAAAAAGCUUUGCAUAGUAGAAAUAAGAAAAUGGAAAAUACCUAGUUUGUUUAUAUAUAGCGAACAAAGCAGAUCAAAGAUUCGCGAAAAUAUUUUUGGUUACAUUUAGAUAUAGUUUAAAUAUAGUAAGAAAAAUCAAAACGGGUGUUUUAGAGACGUAAAUUUCACAUAAUUCUAAGAUAUUUGAAAAUAUAUUUCGAUAUUUAACCUUGAUGGAUAUUUGAACUCGACAUACAUAUGUGUAUUAAUUUUACUAUACAGUUUUUGAUUGGUGCUAUUUUGAGGUUAUUACUCUCUAACUCAACUUCUAUCAAAUAAAAAGAAGACCCAACCACUUACAUCAUGCACGAAAGACGAGUUGAAAAAGUCAAAGGUGGACAUUAUGUUGCUACACAUAGUCAACCUGUUGGAUAUCCUCCAUAUUCGCAUUCCAAUCGUGCUUAUUCUACAGAUGGUGAAGAAUCACACAAUGCAGCGUCCGGGCCCGCAAUCGGCGGAUAUACAGUUGCACAAGAGUAUCCAUAUACAUCUGCCCGCAAAAUGAAUUUAUAUCAAAAUCAUCAAAGUCCAGCAGACGAGACUAGUGUAAUAUAUAAUCAAAAAUGGUCUAAUGGGUCACCACAAACACGCACCCUAUCUGCUCUAAGCUAUGAUCAAGGUGGAGAUGUGAGUAGUGAAAUCUAUGUGACCAGUGCUGCUUACAAGGAGCCCUCGGAAAUAAGUCGCUACAGCCAUCGGCCACAGUCCCGCGGAGCGUCACAUAGCGUUUAUUCGGUUGCAAGUACCGCGAAGACUGGUCAGAGUGCUCAUUCAACAACGAAACGUGGAGUAAAAAUCGAUGCAAUGUCGGCUCCAAAUCCAUUUUGCCCUAACAUAAAAGGCGUUUGCUGCCUUAUGCUGCUCCUCAAUUUAGGUCUAAUUCUUGUAACAUUAGGCUUUGUAAUUGUGGUUCAAUUCUAUGAACCUCUUUACGUGUGGAUACUUGGGAUUAUAUUUUUGAUAUUUGGAUUCCUUACUCUCAUUGGGUGCAUGAUAUACUGCGUACAUGUUUGCAGAGAUGCCAAAACUCCUUCUCAAGUGCGCAACGAAAAUCUUUAUUGGACACGACAUUGGCAAAAUAACAUCGGCUACGUACCUACCAAAGAAAUUUCGUAUAAAGGAAAUAAUAAAUAUGAUGGGUACUCGGACCAUUAUUCAAUAAGCAAAGUGAGCGGAAAAUACUCGGACCGUGGCAGCAAUCAUUAUUAGAAAAACGUCUACUUUUACCAAUUAACGAAUUCGCGCGCUAAAAAUUUAAAUCGAUUGUGAAUGCCUAAAACGUAUACUAUAAUAAUCUAAAUUAUACUCAUAUAUAUGUGUUAUACCUGGGCCGACUUGAGUCAUUAGUUGGACUUUAUCUUUGUUGUACUUACAAGUUAAUAAGUUUUCACACAUAAAAAUAUAUACAUAAAUACAUACAUACAUGUAUACUGUACCAAUAACAUUUACAAAUAUAAAACACUUAUUAACACAGCACAAUAAAUAUGUCGCUAUUGUAAAUACGGUAAGAAAAA